AUGCAUUCUUCAAUAAUUGGACUUUGGACUUUGAUGACUAGUGCCGCUGCGGCGAAGACCUGUUACAAUGUAACAGUAGAGGUCCCUGUUACGGCUCGCAACGGCGUGUUCGACAAAAUCAGCACGCCCCAGACGAACUUUGACGCUACUUCCUUUGUCCUCUCCGCGACCAAGCAAGGUAGAAAUAUGACAGAAAUAGCCUUAUCUGGCUAUACUACUGUUUCGGGUCACUACAACAUCUCGACCCAAUACUGUAUGCCGAAUAAUGCUGGGAACUCGGCAUACACGCUUCAGAUCCUCACACAUGGAAUGGGAUUUGACAAGACAUAUUGGGAUCUACCAUACAACAACUAUGACUACUCCUACGUGGAUUACGUCUUGUCUCGAGGAUAUCACACAUUCUCCUACGACCGACUGGGCUUCGGUAAAUCUUCACAUGGCGACGCGAAGAAUGAGAUCCAGGCCUUUCUGGAAGUCGAGGCCCUUGCUCAGUUGACCCGCCUGGUGCGCAACGGCGAGAUGCCCAACACCAAGGCUCCCGCCAAGAUUGUCCACGUCGGACAUUCAUUUGGGUCUGCACAGACAGUUGCCCUGUCGGCGAUGUACCCAGAGCUUUCCGAUGCACUCGUGCUCACCGGGUAUUCGACAAGUUGCGACUAUAUGCCAAUGUUCCUCAGCGGUGCUAACUUCCAACAAGCCCGACUCAACGGCAAGAACUCGGACUACACAGCUGGGUACCUGACAAAUGCGGAUGUGGGCAACAAUGUAUAUCUCUUCUUCUACCCACCCCAUUUCGACACCAGUCUCCUGGAGUUCGCAGAAGAGAACAAGCAGCCCAUGACUAUCGGCGAACUCAUGACUAUCACUGGUCUACCGGCGGAGAGCAGUUUCACGGGACCUGUUUAUGUCAUUGAUGGUGCGAACGAUGUGCCAUUUUGUGGAGGCGACUGUUUGAAUACAGGUGGGAAAUCAGCGUCUAUUCCUGCUGGUGUCAAGAUGGUCUUCCCCUCGGCCAGUGCUUUCUCUGCCUACAUUCAACCCAACACUGGCCAUGCUAUGAAUCUGCACUAUAAUGCCACUGGCGCUUAUAAGCAGAUUAAUGAUUUCUUAGAGGCUAAUGGCUUGAUGAGUAAGAGUCAUUACCAUAAUCAUGCCCGUCAUCAUCAGUGA